CCUAUGUUAUCUGACUGUACCAUACUUGUUCUCGUUGUGCCUCUAGGCCCUUGCCGUUGUCCUGAAUCGAUAUGAACAUGAGUACGAAAUCCGAUCGUCCAGUGCCAUCUUCGCCUUCUAUGCGUCCUCGAUCACAUCGUCCCUCAUUAUCAUCAAAACGACAAUGGAACUGAACUCCACGCAACACCCAACGUUCGCCUUACUUGCGGCACAGAUUGUGAUCUUAUCCACGGGAUUCAUCAUCGAAGGCUGGCCCAGAGGAAAUACACGAGUGCAAAAACUGAGCGGCGUCGGACUGUAUGGCAAGGCCAACCUUCUUUCUCGCCUCACAUUCUUCUUCUACCUGCCCAUCAUCAAAAUCGGACUUCGCCGAACACUCACGCCAGACGACAUUCUUGGCCAAUUGCCAAAGUCUAUGGCGACCCCUGCCGUUUACAAGAAGCUAAAUGGUGCUUGGACUGCACGGCUGAAAAAGCGGGAGCGCUCAUGGAAAUCUCGACCCUCCUUGUUCGGCACCAUCUUUCUAGCAAAUUGGAGACAGUUGGUCCCAGUCCUUCUCAGUCGUAUUGCCAUCGUCCUCUUUUCAUAUACGCUACCGGUCCUAUUGAAGGGUUUGCUCAACUAUUUAGAAGAUUACGAGUCGAAACCGCUUUCCUAUGGCAUCAUGCUCGCCGUCGGCAUGUUCCUGUCGUCUUUAUUCGCCUCACUUCUGUACACCUACAACCGAUACCAAAUGAUCCUGAUCGGCGUCAGUACCCGUACGGCCAUAAUUGCGAUGAUCUACAGGAAGGCGCUUCGACUCUCACCCAAGGCAAGGGGCCAAUCUACCACCGGCCAGAUCACCAAUCUCAUGUCGGUGGAUGCGGAUCAAUGGUGGGACGCAGUGGUGGGCCUUUCCGUCUGGUUGUCGAUCCCUAUCGAGCUGACGAUCGCCAUGAAACUUUUGUACGGCCUCCUGGGAUGGACCAUGCUUGCCGGUGUACUGGCAAUGUUGGCAAUAUUGCCCUUUCAAGCAUGGCAGGGACGAGUAUUUGAACGCAUACAAAAGGAAAAACUGAAGGCGAUGGACGAGCGCGUUAGGCUGACAACGGAUACUUUGGCAUCCAUGAAGAUCAUAAAGCUUUAUGGCUGGGGUACCGCGUUUUUCAACCGGAUCUUGGCUGUUCGAGAGCAGGAACUGCAGGCACUGAGAAGGAUCGGGAUCGUCCAAUCGUUCAUGUCGAUCAUUUUUAUCUCUUCGUCGCUCAUCAUCAGCCUGAUCACUUUCGGCAUUUUCUCUCUCUGGGGCGGGCCGGACUUUACGCCUGGAAAGCUGACGCCUCAAACAGUCUUCGUGUCAAUGACGUUGUUUGGGAUGCUUAGGGGUCCUAUUGCCAGCCUUGCAGACGCGACCACAGUGACCAUCAGUGUGCUGGUGGCAACAAAGCGAAUCGAAACGUUUUUGUUGAACGAAGAGGUCAGCGAGACCGAUAUUCUGCGAUUCGACAGUCUGCCACGGGAUCCGAACGACCCUGUUAUUUCGAUCAAGGAGGCGACAUUUUCAUGGGAUGAACCUAGUGAUGAUACACUCGAUAAACCAUUAGUGGAUGAGACGACCGCGCUGCUUCCGGACCGAAUUCAUGAGCAAUCUCAUCAAGCAGCACCGCCGACUUUGCAGGAUAUCAAUCUGGAGGUCGGUCGAGGGACCCUAACUGCUAUUGUUGGACGUGUUGGGCAGGGUAAGUCGUCUCUCUUGAGCGCCCUGAUCAGCGACAUGUACAAACUGCAUGGCAAAGUACAGAUCUCGGGACGAAUCGCCUAUGUACCGCAGCAGGCAUGGAUCCUCAACAAGUCUCUCAAGGAUAAUAUCGUAUUCGACAACGAGUACGACGAAGCUAGAUACCAGCGCGUCCUAUUUGCAUGUGGACUGGAGCCUGACAUCGCAAUCCUGCCUGCUGGAGAUGCGACCGAGAUUGGAGAGCGCGGCAUCAAUCUCUCUGGAGGCCAGAAGCAGAGGGUUUCUCUUGCCCGAGCAGCGUAUGACGAUGCCGAUAUUUAUUUGCUGGAUGACCCUUUAAGUGCAGUCGAUGCCCAUGUAGACAGGCACCUCUGGGAGAAUCUCAUUGGACCAUCUGGCCUGCUUCGUAGCAAGACUCGCGUUUUGGUUACACACGGAAUCCAUCAUCUUCGGCAUGUUGACCAGAUCGUUGUGCUAAAGGACGGAGCAAUCGAGGAGAAGGGAGGCUACAGGGAACUGAUGGCCUCUAAACAGGCAUUCUAUCGACUGAUUAAGGAGUACUCAAUCUUGGAGCGAAGACGAUCCCAUGAAGUCGAGAGACGCGGCAGCAAUGAUAUCAAGAACAACAGCGUCAUUGCCUCGGCCUCUAGCGAGUGCGAGGAAAGGCCGGACAUUAUAGGAGAGAGUGGUGAGAGUGGUCUGGAAGAAGAUACGGGAGAGGAAAUCGAAUCUGAUAAUAACACGGAAGAAACGGUGGGCCAACAGGCGCUCAACGACCCGAAAAAGGACGUUCGUUGGCAACUCAUUGCUGCUGAGGCGAUGAAGGAAGGUGAAGUUGGAUUCGAUGUUGUUAUAUCGUACACCAAGGCAGCAUCGACCAAGUUAUGUAUCAUUAUCUUCGUCAUGUUCAUUCUCGCCCAAGGGUGCCUAGUUUCGACAAGUUUGUGGCUGAAAUACUGGAUUCUGAAAACAAAGGACACCGACGACGACCGCCCACCAUCACCAGUGCUAUUCCUGGCCGUAUACUCUAUCCUCACUUUCAUCUACGUCCUGCUCUACGUGAUCAUCAUGUUCCUGGGACUCGCCGUGGCUAGAAUCCGGGCUGCGGAGCGAAUUCAUGCCAAGCUGCUGAACAUGAUAUUCCGCCUGCCGAUCGCCUUUUUCGACACUACGCCCCUUGGACGCAUCAUCAAUCGGUUUUCUUCCGAUAUUUCUAUGGUUGACGUCAAGAUCCCCAAUAAGAUGAUGGAUGUCUUGCUCUUUGGCAUCUCGGUCUUGAGCACGGUCCUUCUCAUCGUGUUUACGACGCCAUCGUUUAUCGUCGCGCUACCAUUUUUAAUCCUAGCAUAUUGGGGAAUGCUAGUGUGCUUUCUGAGUGUUUCAAGAACCCUGGCACGCAUUUAUUCGGUCUCAAAGUCGCCCAUUUAUCAGCAGUUCAACGAGACCCUUGGAGGAGUGUCGAUAAUUCGUGCUAUGAGGUACGAUGACCGAUUUAUUCAGAGAAAUGCGUUCAUGACGGACAGAGCUACCAACAACUUCCUGUCCAAUAUGUCGAGUCGGCGCUGGCUGGAUGUGCAACUGAGGAUGUGCAGUCUUGCCAUUCUCUUAUGCGCAUCCCUACUGGCAGUCCUGGGACGCAAGACUCUGGACGCCAGCAUGGUGGGUCUGAUGCUGAGCUUUGCGCUUACGCUCACGGAGGAAAUGACCACGCUUGUUAGAAUCUUUUGUGAUCUACAGAAUGUCUUUGUUGCGAUGGAACGCGUCCUGGAGUACACAGAACUUAAUCCUGAGGCACCUGAGAAGACAGAUGUUAUUCUCCCGCCCAACUGGCCUUCUCAGGGCCGCAUCAGCUUCAUCAACUACUCUACACGGUACCGUGAGGGACUGAACCUGGUGAUUAAGAACGUCAGCUUGGAUAUCGCACCAGCCGAGAAAGUAGGAAUUGUUGGCAGGACAGGGGCGGGCAAAUCGUCCCUGACUCUGGCUCUCUUCCGGAUCAUAGAGGCUGCUAAUAGCUACUGGGCCAAGCAGAGCGACAACAGCCGCGUUUCUGAGGUGGAUGUGGCUCCCGGAUCCAGUCCUGGGAGUUACUGCAGUGGAAUCAACGAGGAGGAGGAGGAAAGGGAGGACGGUGGCAAGAUUGAGAUCGACGGAGUUGAUAUUGCUACUAUUGGGCUUCAAGAUCUGCGACAACACUUGGCUAUCAUCCCGCAGGAUCCAACAUUGUUUACCGGUUCUGUCCGUGAGAAUUUGGAUCCCUUCCAGGAACUUGAGGACGCGGACCUUUGGGAAGCACUGGAGCGAUCUCAUCUUAAAGAUCAUAUCAGCGCACUUCCGGGUGGUCUAUCGUAUGAGGUUUCACAAAACGGUGAAAACUUUUCUGUGGGUCAGCGAUCGUUAAUUUGUCUUGCACGAGCGUUGCUUCGUAAGUCCAAGAUCCUGGUUAUGGACGAGGCGACAGCGGCGGUGGAUGUGGAAACGGACAAGCUGAUCCAAAAGACGAUUCGGAAGGAGUUCAAGGACAGGACAGUUUUGACCAUUGCCCACAGGAUCAAGACGGUGAUGGACUCGGACAAGAUAUUGGUGCUGGAGUAUGGCAGAGUGAGGGAGUUUGAUGCCCCAAAGAACCUGCUCAAGGACGAGAGCUCAUUGUUUUACAAGCUAGCGGAGCAAGCCGGCGAGGUUUAGAGCGUAUUAUACUAGACAAUACUAGACAAUGCUAGACAAUGUCAGCAUAUAAGCCAAUUUGAACUUGUUGGAGCAGUAAGAAAUCUGGCAUUUGGG